AGUUUUCGCCUUCAAGUCGCUCCUCUGCUCUGUAUUCGGAACACUCAUCAUAGCUUUAUUACUUUCACUACUUUUCAGUUGAAAAAUGGCUCGUACCAAGCAGACUGCUCGUAAAUCAACAGGAGGAAAGGCGCCGCGUAAACAACUCGCCACUAAGGCCGCUCGCAAGUCGGCGCCGUCGACGGGUGGUGUGAAGAAGCCGCAUCGUUAUCGUCCCGGAACCGUUGCCCUUCGUGAAAUUCGUCGAUAUCAGAAGUCAACGGAAUUGCUUAUCCGUAAAUUGCCGUUCCAACGUCUUGUUCGUGAAAUCGCUCAGGAUUUCAAGACUGAUCUCCGCUUCCAGUCUGCUGCCAUCGGCGCUCUCCAGGAAGCCUCGGAAGCCUACCUCGUAGGUCUUUUCGAAGAUACUAACCUCUGCGCCAUCCAUGCCAAGCGUGUCACCAUCAUGCCGAAGGACAUCCAGCUUGCGCGCCGCAUCCGAGGCGAACGCGCGUAAACGCUCGUCGAAUCUUCCGUUAUAGUAAAACAGUCAUUUGGACUUUACCAGCGUGCUUGUGUGUGUAUGUAUGUACGUAUAAUCCUUUUUAAUCCCAAGAUGUCAUGCGUUGUGUUCCUUCAAACUAUUCUCAUUUUAUUAAUCUCAUUUUCAUUUCCUAACUCUAACCAAGUAUCCGUCAAACGUUGAGUUGUAUUUCGAUAUUUAACUCCAAAUAAACCAUACAACAUU